AUUACAGGGACGAGAAAAUGCGUCAGGUGAUGAUGUCGAAUGUGGCUGCAAAUCAUCAUGCACCGGUAAUUGAGGCAGACCUGGAAGAAGCUUUAGAGUUAGCAGGCACGGGCAGAUACCAUGUAGUCCACAACUUGGUGAUGCUGGCCACACUCUUCGCUUCCAUCCUGGAGAUGGUCGGCAUUGCCUUCAUACUGCCGGCUGCAGCUUGUGACCUGGAUAUACCUGAUUAUUUGAAGGGAAUCCUCACUUCAUUGCCAAAUAUAGGUAUAAUACUAACAGCUCCGUUCUGGGGCCGUGCAGCAGACUCUCUGGGCAGGAAGCCAGUACUCCUCGGCUCUCUGAUAGUGUCUGGAGUCACCGCCUUCAUCGCAGCAUUCAUGCCUUCACUGAUCACCUUCGCACUGUUCAAGCUCGCUUCUUCACUGUUCCUCUCCUGCCCAUCAUCUUUGGGCUACGCGUACGUUUCCGAGAUGUUGCCACGCAAACGACGAGACUUUGCAGUUCUAGUUACAAACGGACUCAUCAAUUUAUUGACGGUCUUGAGCCCUGGUUUAGCUUGGAUAAUUCUGUCGUACGACUGGGAGUACCAGUUCGGAGCCAUAGACCUUCGACCAUGGCGGCUGCUGACAGCGGUGUAUGCCUUCCCACUACUGCUUGCUGCACUAUGCCUGAUUGUUGCUGAUGAGAGCCCCAAGUUCCUCAUGACGAAAGGAAAGGAUAAGGAGGCUUUGGCAAUCGUUAGGAAGAUCUACUGCACGAACUCUGGGUUACAUGAAGAUAGCUUUUGUGUAAAAUCACUAAAGAUACCAUGUGACAUCAAUGACUCCGAGCAGCGCGGUUCUGGCUGUGCGCUUGCGCCGAAGACACAAUCCGAGUCUGCGUUUGCGCUACUUCGGCCUCCGCAUUUAAAGUGGUUCGCGCUCACUGGGUUCCUCAUGUUCGGCCUGUUCUCAUUCUUAAAUGGUUUGUUCCUCUUCGCGCCAGACACAAUCAAUAAAGUGAUGAACAGCAAUGAAACGAGCGGCACAGUCUGCGAACUUAUGGACAUGUCGGACAACUCUACAUCAUCAACAGAAUGCCUAGACUCGAUGUCGUACCACACGUUCUACAUCAUGGUGGUGACGACCAUCGUGUACGGGGUGCUGGUCACCGCCGGCAGCAUGAGCCCGCUGUCCAAGAAGACACUCCUCGUCUCCAUGUUCUGUGUGGUUGGAGUCGGUUGCCUGAUUGCUGGGCUGUCCACUAAUAGAAUCUUGGCCGGAGUGGCUAUGUCAUCCUUGCAGCUGACAGCACUCGGCAUCGGACCCCUCACAGCAUACGUGGUUCAGCUCUUCCCCACCGCGCUCAGGGGUACGGCAGUAGGCGCAGUGUUGAUGUUCGGGCGGCUGGGCUCCGUGGUCGGCGCUAACGCAGCCGGUGUAUCCCUCAGCGCAGCUUGCACUCUCACAUUCUAUGGAUUCGCUUUUCUAGUCUUUUUCUGUGCGGGCCUCAGCUUUCUCCUACCUUCAGCAGACCAAACGACGAAGCCACAGGAAGCAGGCGCAGACAGCUGA